AUGUCAGCGCCGACGCCCGCCGCCAAGGCCGGCUUCGGCUCGCACCUGCUCUCGGGCUACCUGCACAAGAAGUCCAAGGCCGGGCAGGGCGUGUGGCAGAAGCGCUUCUUCAUCCUCGACACGCGCAGCCUCACCUACACGCACGGCGGCAAGGUACGCUCUUACCAGCUCGAGGACUUUCGCGACGCGCUCACGACGGGCAGGCCCGAGGCGGGCGAGUUUGUCGUCGUCUUCUCCUCCUCCGACCGGCUGUCGGACGUCUUCCCGGAGAAGCGGCUGCACCUCCGCGUCCAGAGCGGCGGCGCCGAUGGCGCGCGCGAGUGGGCCAACGCAAUGGCGGCGGCGCGGCGGCAGUGGGAGAUGUAUCGGACGCUCGGCAGGGCGAUGGGGGCUGAGGUGGGCGGCGCAUCGGUGCAGGCGGACGGCGCCGACGGCGAGCCCGGCCUGGGUCCCGGCCUGGGUCCCGGCCCUGGAGCCGACUUCGAGGAGAUGGUCCGGCGGCAGCUGCGCAAAAAGGCAAACGCGGUCCUCGUCCGGAAGAAGGCAGAGGUGAUCGACUGGUACCGCGCGCUCGUGUCGCAGCUGGAGGGGCUUUGCCUCCCUCUCGAGUGCGAAAAGGCGGAGACGCGGGGCGAGCGGCUGGCGGAGACGUGGGGCGAGCGGCUCGCCAUCCCGCGCAAAGGCGGAGGGCUGCACUUUGGCGAGCCAGAGAGGCGCGAGGCUGCGGCAGCCUACGCGCGGCUCGGCGUGCUCUACGAGUUCGUCUCCCUCUCGUCGCAGCUCGCCGAGCGCGCCGAGGCGUGCCGCCGCCUCGCGGCCGACUUGCCGCCCGACAAGGUGAUGGACAAGUACAAGCAGCUGCAGCGGCAGGCCCUCGCCCUCGCCGCCCACUUUGAGGAGGAGCUGCCCUCGCUGCGCGAGCGCUUCGCCGCCGCCUACUUGCCCGACACCGCCGCCGCCUCGCUCGAGGGCCUGCACCGCGCGCUGCCGUCACUGCUCGACGCCGUCGUCCGCCUCUGCGACGAGGAGUACGACGCGUGGUGCGCAGAGUCGACCGAGGCGAGGAAGCGGUUCCGCACGCCGCGGGUGUACGCGCUGCACGGCACCGCCCUCGAGCUCGCCGACGAGCUCGCGCGCCACCCGGCCGUCCCGCUCGCCGACGCGCGCCUCAACGGCGACGCGGCCGAGGCACAGCUGCACGUUCUGCGCGAGAGGCAUGCGCAGCUCGCGCUCUCGACGGGCGCGGCAAACAGGGCGCUCCUCCGGCAGGUGGACGAGGCGGUGUGA